CAUUGGUCAUGUGAUGCCUGUUCGGAAAGCACAGACCAUGUGAUCGUGUCUCACAGAAUGCUGAGUCGAACUUACAAACUCUGCCUAAGCCUGUAGACACGAGAAGAUAGAUUGCAAAGAAACUGAAUCUUUAAAGAAUGUAGAGAAACAGGUGUGGAAGAUACAAGAAACAGAAAACGAAAGCGUUAGGCUGUACAUCAGCUCUAAAAAAAAAUACAGGCUGUUAUUCGCUGUACAUUACUCAGUAUUUUAUUUGAUGGUGUCCUGGGCAAAACGUCUGGAUUCUGUGGUGUCAGGUUGUUGGAAUGCAGAGAUUUUGGAAGAACAGGGAACCAUGGUUGAAGUGGACCGGAUACCUUUGUUUACGGGAAUGUCUUGGACUGUUUCCUGGGAAUUGGAAUGCAUCUUGGAGGGGGAACAUUGUGGGAUUUUUACAGCUGCACCAGAAACUAAAGUUCUGGAGGUUGCCACAGGGGGUCGGCAGAGCGUGGGGUAUGAGUCAUGACAUCUGUGGUGCUCGUAGACAGUGGAGGAGCUGUGCUGGAGUACGUCACUGCAGUGGAUGACCAUUUACCGGAGGAAGGAGUGUGUGAGAUUGAGGGGGAAAUGGAAGGAGAAGUGGAGGGGGAAGUUGAGUAUCCUGCAGUGAUCGUGGAGCCGGUACCCAGCGGGCGGAUGGAGCAGGGAUUCUCUGCUCAGGUGCUGGUUUAUGAUGAUGAGACCUACCUUAUGCAGGGUGUAGCCGAAGAGCAGGAGGUGGAGACAGAAGUGCUGGAGACAGUGGAAGCAUCAGUUCAUGGCUCAAUUGUGCAUUGCUCAGACAAAACCAUUGAGGCUGCAGAAGCUCUUCUGCAUAUGGAUUCUCCCUCCAGCUUACGUGGAGACCGGAGCCCAGAGGUCUUCGUGCCUCCAUGUGUCAACACUUCCGAGUUCCUGCACGCCGCCAUGCGACCCGACGUGCUGACAGAGACCGUGGUAGAGGUCAGCACGGAGGACUCCGAGCCUAUGGAGAUGGUCACAGUUUUUCAGGAACCCGAAGUGAUGGAGACAGAACCCGCUAAGAGAAGAAAAUCCGGGCGGAAACCCAAACCCCAUCACAUUUCAAACGGAUCUCCAGAUCUGGGCAUCAAGAAGAAGUCUAGAGAAGGAAAAGGAAGCACGUAUCUUUGGGAGUUUCUAUUGGACCUGCUGCAGGAUAAGAACACCUGUCCCAGAUACAUCAAGUGGACCCAGCGGGAGAAAGGCAUCUUUAAAUUAGUGGACUCUAAAGCUGUGUCAAAGCUGUGGGGCAAACACAAGAACAAGCCGGAUAUGAAUUAUGAAACCAUGGGCAGAGCGCUUAGGUAUUACUAUCAGAGAGGAAUCUUGGCUAAAGUAGAAGGUCAGAGGUUGGUGUACCAGUUUAAGGAAAUGCCUAAAGACAUUGUAGUCAUCGAUGACGAAAAGUGUGACCCUGGUGAUGACAUAAGUGGUGAGAAGACCUACGAGCGUGUUCCUCCUUCAUCUGACACUCACAUGUUGACUACUGACCUCUCCAAAUCUCCGGCCAUCUUGAGAGGUGGUGGUAGGACUUUGGUCCAUCCAGGCUCUCCAAAUGCCAAAUCUGCGCUCGCGGCAUCUCCCAUUCAGCGUAUUGUAACGGUCUCCGCCACACCGGACUCAACGUCCCAUACCAUCAUCUCCAAUGCCAGUGCACCCAGGACUGUGCGGGUUGCUAUGCAAGUGCCGGUCGUCAUGACGAAUUCUUUGGGACAGAAGAUCUCCACGGUGGCCGUGCAGUCCGCAAAUCCGUCGAUCCUCACCACGGCACCCACCAACACCGGCACAAACGCACCCAAAGUCUUGUUUCAGACCAUGCCAACAAUGGUGCCCGCCACAGCAGAGAACGGCGACAAGAUCACAGUUCAACUCGCUAAGAUAAUCACCAUUCCCGCUUCCCAGCUAACGCAGUGCCAGCUUCAGGGCAAACCUGGCAGCCCCACAGGCAUCAAUUUGAUGGGCGCUCCCCUCGCCGUCCGAGCCCUCACACCCGUGUCUAUGGCGCCAGGCACGCAGGUGGUCAGACUGGCAAUGCCUGCCCACCACAGUCCAGGUCAGACGAAGACACAGGUCCCCAUUUCAAUCCAGACGCAAGCUCAACUCCCAUUCUCCGUCCAGACGGCAUCCCAUCAAAGCCCGGCACAGGUCACGAUACCCACUUCGGCUUCUGUUCAGAAUCAAGUGUCAGCUCCAGUUCAGAUCCAGAUUCAACAGAGCAAGGUUUCUCCGAGACCAAGGAGUACCGAUUCCAAACCGGACAGCACUUUGAUGGACCGGGUGAUCGUGGUCCAAACGGGACCUGAGCAGGACAAUCCCACACGAGUAGAAGUGGUGGAAGAUUCAAAACCACAGUUUGAAGCAGUGAAAGCAGAGAGCUGAGGAGCGAAGCAUCGUCAGACACGUACUUACACCGGUUACUAUUCAAUCACACGCUGGGUGUUUUUGUACCCCGUACUAAACUAACUGGAGAUAAUUGUACAGUUUUAGUUUCAUUGUAUAAAAUAUCACCAGGUAAAAACUCAACAAGCAGGCAUUGUGGCAAAGACUGCAUCAGCGCCGCAAUUCGCACAUCAUGUGGAUAAAAUCGACGUAAACGUCAAAGAAUUAUUGAAUAUCUGUUGUUUCAAUUAUGAAUUGGUAUAGGGACCAAUGUAAAGAUCACUACAGUUCUCCGACGAUAUUUUCGACACUAACCCUUAAACAGAACACUAGAGUAGAUAGUAAAGUCGAAAAGUAAAUGUGAACUUUCGAGGGAGUGUAAAUUUGACUUUUUAUAACUUGUAUAAAGAAUUUUUUCUUUUACGUUUAAAAUUAUAACGCGAAACCAGCAGUUUCAUUUGAAGAUCACUGUGAACGCGCGCGGUUCUGCCGGCGUGCUGCCGUUUCACAGGAACUUUGAGUCGAUUCUUCCUCCACUUGUACUAAGGGAAGAAAUUAAAUGAACUUUGUAUAUAUGAAUUAUACAGUUUACUGAAUUUAUAAACAAUGCAGCCUUAGAAUCGUAUUUUUUUCGGUCUUGUUUUUUUUAAGUCAAACUUAUUAAGCUUAUGUUGUGUUAAUCUCUUGUUUUUCCCACACGUCGUACCGAGCACAGUAUUAUUGGCAAACAACCUUUUUGUAGUCCAUUUUUGAAGCUUUUGGACAAAAACAGUCCGUACCAUUUGAUUCAUUGGUGUCCCAAGUCUGUGGCAAUUUGUUGUCACUGAAGUACAGUAAAAGGUCAAGGCAGCAUGCACCCUCACUGCAAAUACAGACGUUUCUUGCGCAUUUUCUUUUUUCAUUCGCUUGUUAUUACUCCUUUAGAGAGGGAGAACCGAGAUGUUUGUGUUCAGAAUAAUCUAGUUUGUAUAUUCAACAUUUGAAGUAUAUUCUAUUUUGUUGUACUCUUGUUUCAAAGUGUACUCAAGUAGAUUUUACUCGAAUAUAAAAAGUAUUCAUGACAUUUGA